AUGUCGUCUUCAGCUACAGAAGUAUGUGAUGGAGAAAGUUUGGCCAUUAUCUUAGGUCUUUAUUGGGUUGUUUAUAUGGUUAUCAAUGCUGUUGUAUUUGCUGGUGCUAUGUAUGCUCUUCAACAAUGUUUAGAGAAAAAGAAUACACCUGGUGGUGCAGGCAAAGCUAGAGCCAGGAGCAGACCAUCUUAUAAUGAUUCUCGUGCAAGCAGUCAAAUCGGUCUUAUUCCAAAAGGUUAA